AUGGGGGUAAAAGGGCUCAAAAUGGCCGACUUCGGGUGGUCCGUGCACGCGCCCUCGCUCAGGCGCCGGACGCUGUGCGGCACCCUGGACUACCUGCCCCCCGAGAUGGUGGAGGGCGGCGGCCAUGACGAGAAGGUGGACCUGUGGUGCCUGGGGGUGCUGUGCUACGAGCUGCUGGCCGGGCACCCCCCCUUCGAGAGCCCCUCGGCCGCCGACACCUACCGCAGGAUCACGCAGGUGAGCUCACCUGGGCAUGGCGGGCAUGGCUGGGCACAG